CCGUGACACGAACGUCAAUCGAUCAGGCUGGAAUCCGAAGGUCCCGGAUGUGUCAUGGCGUCCUCCCCUCCAGAGAGGCUGGUGGUGUAUGAUGGUGUAAAAUAAGCGGGCGUUUAGACCCUUUGCGGUGCCGAAAAUUCACCAGAGUUGCACCAAACCCCACCCUUAAGCCUCUAUGGUAUUGAUGGUAAUGCAUGCACGGAAAUAUCCGCGGCUCAAUGAUGGGUACCACGACAGAAGCCAGGCCCAUCCCUACCAGUCUGCUGGUGUGGGGAAGUACCCAUCCAAGCGUGACAGCAGCGGCUCGUAUAAUGACUACGACCAUCGGAUUGACAGAGUGCGGGAUUCGCCCAGCGGAGGUUUCCAUCGCACGAAGGACAGUCCAGGCAAGAGGAACAGUCCGUGGGAGUCCCGGGACAGAGACAGAGAGAGGGAGCGAGAGAGAGACCGGGAGAGGGACAGGGAUAGAGACAGAUAUAAGAACAAAUCUUCUUAUUCAGAACGAUAUAGAGAAAAGGAGAGAGAGCGGGAGAGAAGAGAGAGAGAAAGGGCUAGGUACAGUCCUGGGGAUUGGGACCGACCUCACAGGAGAGACAGAGAGGACAGGAGAGGGACCAGCGAUUCUCCGGCGCAGAACGCAGCCAAUCACCAGCCCCGACAGGGCAACAGCGCCGCCAACCACUCACAGACGCAGCCCCAGGCCGCAGACAAGAAAAACGAUACCGACACGGGGAAGAAAAACGCUGAGCAUACCCAGUCCAGCACUGCUAGCUCCAGUGCUACAGCAGCUAAUACAAAGGCUUACCGAAAGGCACAAGGGGAUUGGUCGGAACACAUCAGUUCCUCCGGCAAGAAAUACUACUACAACUGUAAGACUGAGGUGUCGCAGUGGGAGAAACCACCCGGAUGGCAGGAGAGCCCAAAAGAUAGCGGAGAGUCGAAACACAAAGACAAGCCUGUUGCCAAGGAAACGGCCUCCUCUUCAGCCACUGCCUCCUCCUCCUCCUCCUCCCAUGGAACCAACAGCAGAGAAGCUGGCAGCAGCAGCGCAACUGGUACUCCUAGCUCAUCUAAUCACAAGCAUUCCACGGACCCGUCCCCCCGCGCCUCCGGUCAGCCGGCCCUGGACAGACACAAGGACACCCCCAAGUCUCACAAUAGAACAGGUACCCCCUCUUCAUCCCAGGGCACCCCCAGCGCUCACCGAGGCACCCCCGGACAGGGCAGCGACCGCAUGGACAUCUCAACAACCCCCGAACAUCUGCAGACCAUCUACACCAGGAGUAGAACAGAGUCCCCUGCGGUGCAGAACACCCCCUCACCUGGAACCCCCUCCCUGGGGCGCACCCACCCCACCUCCCACACCAUCCCUUCCUCCCUGGUGCAGCAGCUCUUCCCCCCCACCUCCAGCUCAAGUAGUAUAUCCCAAGUUCACAAUGUAGGAGUAGAGCAGUCCUUACAGCUGUUGCAGCACGCCACCUUGCUGACCCAACAGGCACUGCAGGCCCAGCAGCCGCAGGCGUCCACAACUGUCCCCCCUUCCAAUGUUUCUGACUCCUCCCCAGUGUCAAUGCGGACGUCAAUAUCAGACAUGUCCUCCCCGUACCAGUCCCAGCUCUCACCACAGCCCAGCUCCAGUCAGCAGCCGGAGGCGGUCACCAGCACAGCGUCACCUGCUCACAGUGUACAUAGCCAGAAAUCUGUAGGAAGCCACGCGGACGGGGCGGUGAGCAGCAGUUACACUGUGGUCCACAGUUCCACGCCAACCGCGGUACAGACGGUUCUGCCGCCGUCUAUCGAACUCACGCCAUCGCUAGUCAAGUACUACAAAGAGAGCCUCAUCAGACAUACACAGGGCUGGCAGGCAGAGCAUGCCGAGAGACAGGUUUGUUUGUUUGUUUGUUUGUUUGUUUGUUUGUUUGUUUUGUCCUGCCCUCGCUAGUCAAGUACUACAAAGAGAGCCUCAUCAGACAUACACAGGGCUGGCAGGCAGAGCAUGCCGAGAGACAGGUUUGUUUGUUUGUUUGUUUGUUUGUUUGUUUGUUUUGUCCUGCCCUCGCUAGUCAAGUACUACAAGGAGAGCCUCAUCAGACAUACACAGGGCUGGCAGGCAGAGCAUGCCGAGAGACAGGCGCAGAGGUUAGAUGAAGAGGGCCAUGCGAUGGGCAGCCUGCACAGCUCCCAGGUUUCGGUGGAUCUCAAGUUCGCUCGUUCGCUGGUCAGAGUCUCAGAAAUCCAGGCCACAUUACAGGAACAGAGGAUACUGUUUCUACGACAGCAGAUACAACAUCUGGAGAAGAUGAAGAAUCAGAACAUGUUCCCCUGGUAGCUGCCCCCCCCCCCCUCUGUAGGGAUGCACUUGGUACAUCCCGCCGACCGUGUGCAUUACUGAUGUUCCUUCGCAACGUUUCCGCAACAUUGCCGGGUGCUGUAUCCUUCGUGGCUCGCUACAGUCGACUCGCUACAUCCGAACGCAACAUUUCAGCACGACGUAACGUUCCUCUCCAACCUGAUUGUGUAAAGGGACAGGUUAACCACUGGAAACUGCCUGUAACCAUGGAAACCGCUUGUAGCCAUGGAGACCGCCCUGUAACUAUGGUUCUCGUUGCUUGUAUGUACUAGUUUUGUUCCCUCGUUUUAGGA